GUUGCAAUGACAACAACCACGCAGGACUGAGUUUUGCAUCUCCAACUUUUUUCGUGAAAAACUAUAUAAUUCUCCAUGUACCUGGACCUAAACCUGAGAAGGUGACGAGCCGACAACAAGAUGCCGGCUAAAGGCAAGAAGAAAGGAAAGGGGAAGGGUAAAGGAAAGAAGAAGAAGAAGUUGAAUGGGAUGGGAGAGACGCCUGGAGACAUCGUCAAGAGACUGUAUCGUAUUUAUCUCAACAACUGUGACGUCAAGAGUACGAUGUUCUGCCAGAGUCUAAAAACCUUCAUGAAGAAUUGUUUAGAGGACAACAAACUUAUUGUUAAGUUUAUCUUGGAGCCGGUGGCUGAUUUUCAGGAUCCUGUCUUAAGCAACGUCCGUCUUGAACCUCUCGUGAUGUCAUUAAGACAAGAACGCUACAAAUAUAUAAAGGAGCUUCAUAUUUGGGAUAUACCUCUUAAACAUGAAGACGUUGCUACUUUGGCAUUGAUGUUAGACAAAGGAGUGUACCCAAUCACAAGACUGGAGUUGAUUGAUUGUGAUAUUGGAGCUUAUGCUGUGGAACGACUCAUGAAAUGUAUUCCAAUGACGAUAAUAAGCAUAUUGUCUUUUGAUUAUAACGAAUUUGGAGACGAGGGAGUGAGAGGAAUCUGUAAAGGUUUGAAAAAUAAUCGUCUUCUGCUGAGUUUGAGUCUCUGUUACUGUGACCUGGGGGUUGAGUCAGGCUCACUGCUUGGUGAUAUCGUCUCAACGACGGCACUUAGGGAGAUUUAUCUCAACGGGAACAAUCUAGAAGCUGAAGGGACAAUCGAAUUGGUCAAACUCGCCGCUGACCAUGCAGAGAUGGAGAGUUAUGAGCGAGCGGAGACAGCCAGAUUGAAAGCAGAGGAAGAAGCUCAGGCGUUACUCAUGGAGAAGGAACGAGGGAGACUGCCGACGGCGAUGUCGAGCUCAGAACCGGUGCCGAAGCCAGACUCAGCUAAGAGCAGCAAAGCAGGAGGACUCGGCAAGAAGAAGAAAAAGAAAGGUAAAAGGAAAAAGAAGUCAAAAGCCCCGCCCGAGCCGCCACCCGUUGGUCCCUGGAUACACAAACUACAUCUUGCAGACAAUGGCAUCGAUAGCUACGGGCGUGGCUCAACUUAUGCACCUGUUAUUAUAACAAGACUUUUCAGACAAUUGAUUCAGCAUUCCAGUUGUUUACAAGAGCUAGACAUUGACGACAAUCUCAUCGGGGACCUGGGAGGUAGAGAAAUCAUGGAAGCUUUGAAUCAAAGGAAAGAAGCCGGACACCCCUCCAUGAAAAUGAGCGUGACCCAUCGGAUGAACUCCGAAACGUUUGCGUCGAUCAUGAAACUUGGCGCUGGACUUAAGAAGAAGGGAAAGAAGAAAGGGAAGAAGAAGAAAAAGAAGAAAUAAAGUCGACCUAACAGAAACCUGCUGAGUGAAUCCCAAGGUAUGAAGAUGCUUGUUUCAAUUCCUUACAGCCCAAGAAAGGAUAGUCUAGCAACCUCCAAAAACAAAUGCUUACAUUUGAAAAUAAUAGCAAAUAAUUCUAAUGCUGCUUCACUGGACGCAGUUUCAGAUGGAAUUUCAAGUGCCUAAUCAUUUUUUAAACACUGAAUACCACAAGGUAAAAUUGUAAGACAAGAAAAGUAACUCCAUUCAACAAGACUUGAACAUAUUAAAACAAAAAAUUUAAACUAAACUUUUGGUCAUUAUUCAGUAGUAACAUGUGAAGCUUGGCAUUUCGUUUUCUCCAGGGAAAAAUUGUUUUUAGUUUUCUUCACCUAGAUUACAUGGGAUUUUAUUGAUGAAUGAAGCAGCAUUCGAGUUGUAUUUUGUGAAGCUGUUAAAGACAACAGCCAACAUUGGUCGUUAUUAAGGUUUUACCUGAAAGCUGACGGAUUGUUAAGCCUAAACAUUACUACAAAGAAAAAACAUUAGGUUUAAAAUACUCAUAAAGUCAAGAAAACAGCAAGCCCAUUAUGAACAUGCACAAAAUCCCUCCAAAUAGCCUUUGUUUUCUUCUUUUGUUUUUCCCGCAAAAAGUUACCACUGUUAAGAGGAUGGAAAUGAAUUUACUCUUUUGAAUACCAACGAUUUAUUUUCCGUAGCACAACAUUUUGAAUAUACAGAUAGUGGCAUUUGACUUACCGUCUAUUUUUGCUUAGCAGCUAUUGCUUUCAAGUUUACCAGUUUAGUUUUCUCAAAUUUUGCCAUACUGUGAAACCCCAUGUUUUCCUUGUCGAACACUUUAAAUAAAUAAAAAUAUUUGAUAAUACUUUUCUUGUGCCAUAAAACACUAUUUGGCACAAAUCAUAUUUUCCUGAAAUCAUUUUAGAUGAUAAAAUUAUGUAUUUUUAAUAUAUGUGUCAAUUUUUACCACCAAAAAACGUUCAAGAUGACAUGUUAUAGUCAUUGAUAAAAUAUCGCUCAACACUUUCAUGACAUUUGCAUAGUAUAACUGUAAUCUGUGAUAACAGACCACUAGACUUUAAAUCAAGCAAGUAUUUUUUGCAAUACUCUCCUCUUUCAUGAAGUUAUCACCAUAACAUCAAUAAAACGACUUAAAUACAAUCUAACAGGUCCUUUACAAAACUCUUUACUGUCCAAUUAGGGCCCAACUUGAGUUUACUGCAACAAUCCAGGCUCAAAGUUUCCAUGGUCAGCGGCAAAUCUUUGCGAUAGUUAUGUUACUGGAAGAAGCCUUUCCACAGGGUCUCCAAGUCGUCAAAUGUUUGCUGCGAUGCGUGCUCUCACGCAAUUGUACUGCGCUCAAGGUAGUCUUGUGAUAGGGCUACCACAACGACAAACAUUUUACGGCUUGUUCACAAAUCUAGGUUUGCUUCAAAGACCUGUCCAGCAGAACCGCUAAAAGCUAAUCAAAAAGCAAUAGGAAACCUACCAGAAUUACGUUACAUAGCAUUUUUGCUGGUUUCUUGUCUCUGCUAAGCAUGUAUUUUCUCUGCUUACCAGAACUUUCUUCCAAACAAAUGUUAUUUGGUUUUAUCCUUUUACACCAAAGUGUGUUAAGCCCUGUAUACUCGCUCUUUUCCGAGUCCUGUGAAGAAAAAAACACAGAUUAACUACUUGGGUGGGAUUCAACCACACAACUUUGUAUAAGAUCUGCUAUUGCUCAAGCAAGUUUUAAUAAUUGAUGGAUCUCUUAGGCAGAGCAGAGAUGUGUCAUUAUUAAUUAUUUAUUCAUUAUUAAUUGCUAAUUAUUCACUUUACACCUUUCUUACAGCCAAACUUUUUUACAAGAUGAUACAACGAUUGUUUGUACAGUUACCGAUAAUUUUAGUUACUUACACUUUUGUACAAUAUUUCGAUACCAAACUAGAGAACUAUAAAUUUUGUGAAAUAUAGCUAACUUAUUUUUUAUUCCUAGAGCAAAUACAGGAAUAAUUUGUAUAUAUUUUUGUAAAUGAGUAAAUAAUUAUGCAGUUUAAAUUCAUUAACUAAUUGUAAUUGUUAGGAUGAAAAAUUGUGAGAAAGCCAAAAAGAGAUGAGUUGUAUCAGAUUCUAGUUUUUGAAAAUAGGAGAUUGUGCCACUUUUACUUUUUGUUUUCCUCAUUGAGAUACGAAUGUAUUUGAUAAAAACUGUCCAUUAAAUGAGAAGCAUUUUUUUCUA